AGAACUCGGCAUAACACCUGUGUCGGCGCUGUUGUGGGGGAAGCAAGAUCGUGACAGGCUAGCGGCAGUGGACUGUAAACAUGGCGGCGUGCACAGCUACAGGGCUGUGCCGAACACACCGUUACUAUUAGUCUGAGAGACGGAGUCACCCCAAAAAUGGAGACCGAAGAGGAGCAGCACAUAACGACGCUCCUCUGCAUGGGUUUCCCAGACCCCGACGUGAUACGGAAAGCGCUCCGGCUAGCAAAGAACGACAUCAACGAGGCAGUGGCGCUCCUGACGAACGAAAGCCCCGGACUCGGAUAUGGAUAUGAGCCGAUGGAGAGUGGGCCUGCCCCCGGCUUGGGCUCGAGUGGAGACGGGGAAAACAGCGGGCGGACUGGGACGGGAGGGUUUGAUCCCCCGCCCGCAUACCACGAUGUAGUGGAUAGCGAGAAGAGCAAUGAUGAGAAUGGGAACUGCUCCGGGGGCAGCAUGGAGUUUCCCACCACAAACCUGUACGAGCUGGAGAGUCGAGUCUUUACCGACCACUGGUCCAUACCUUACAAGAGAGAGGAGUCCCUGGGCAAGUGUCUCAUCGCGUCCACCUGCCUUGCUCGGCACGGUCUUGCUGACGCUGAUGAGAACUGCAAGCGGUUUAUGGAUCGUUGCAUGCCGGAGGCCUUUAAAAAGUUGCUGACCAGCAGUGCCGUACACAAAUGGGGCACCGAGAUUCACGAGGGAAUCUACAACAUGCUCAUGUUACUGGUGGAGCUGGUUGCAGAGAGGGUGAAGCAGGACCCCGUACCUGUAAACCUGAUGGGAGUCCUGACUAUGGCCUUCAACCCUGAUAAUGAGUACCAUUUUAAGAACCGGAUGAAGGCCUGUCAGAGGAACUGGGCUGAAGUUUUUGGGGAAGAGGCCAACAUGUUUGCUGUCUCUCCUAGCAACACCUAUCAGAAAGAGCCUCAUGGUUGGCUGGUUGAUUUGGUGAAUCGAUUCGGAGAGUUAGGAGGAUUCACCGCCAUCCAGACUAAGCUCAACACCGACGAAAUCGAGAUUGCUUGUGUGUCAGCUCUGGUCCAGCCUCUUGGAGUUGGUGCAGAAUACCUAAACUCCAGCCUCGUCCAGCCCAUGCUUGAUCCAGUCAUCCAUAAGAUGAUCACGUAUGUACAGAACCUGGAGGAAAAGGACCUUAAAGACAAGCGUCUGGUGAGCAUCCCAGACCUGCUGUCGGCCAUCAAGCUGCUGUGUAUGAGGUUCCAGAGGGAGCUGGUUACUGUGGUGGAUGACCUGCGGCUGGACACACUGCUGCGCAUGCUCAAAACCCCCCACUUCUCUACCAAGAUGAACUCCCUCAAAGAGGUGACAAAGUUAAUAGAGGAGAGUACAGUGUCUAAGACUGUGAAAAAUGCCAUUGACACAGAUAAACUUUUGGACUGGCUGGUAGAGAACUCAGUCCUUUCAAUAGCACUGGAGGGUAACAUUGACCAGGCUCAGUACUGUGAGAGAAUUAAGGGAAUCAUUGAGUUGCUGGGGAGUAAACUGUCGCUGGACGAACUCUCCAAGAUCUGGAAAAUACAGGCGGGCCAGUCAUCAACUGUUAUAGAAAACAUUCAUACAAUCAUUGCUGCUGCUGCUGUGAAGUUCAGCUUUGAUCAACUCACCCACCUCUUUGUCCUCAUACAGAAGAGCUGGGAGGUUGAGAGUGACCGCGUGAGGCAGAAGUUGCUCAGUCUGAUCGGGAGGAUCGGCAGAGAGGCUCGCUCUGAAACUACAACUGGAAAGGUGCUUGAGGUGCUGUGGGAGUUGGCUCACCUCCCUACCCUGCCUACCAGUCUAGUUCAGCAGGCGUUGGAGGAGCACCUGGGGAUUCUGAGCGAUGCCUACGCUGUCAAGGAGACCGUAAAACGCAGUUACAUUAUUAAAUGUAUUGAGGACAUUAAGAAGACUCACACUCAGGAGGACAGUAAAGGCAGCGAAACUCAAAGCUCAUUUCUUACUGGCACAUGGGGCAAGAAGAAAGCUAACUCUUUGGUCAAAGCUUCUCAGCAGAGUAGUCCACAGGCAGUCUGGGUUGUUCCUGCUCUCCGUCAGCUGCACGAAAUCACCCGUUCUUUCAUCAAGCAGACCUAUCAGAAGCAAGACAAGAGCAUCAUCCAGGACUUGAAGAAGAACUUUGAGAUCGUCAAGCUGAUCACGGGCUCCCUCGUGUGCUGCCAUCGGCUGGCUGUGACCGCUGGGGGAAAUAACGGCCUCUCAGGCUCAAUUCUGGUGGAUGGACGAUACACCUACCAGGAGUAUCUGGACAGCCACCUGCGCUUCCUGGCCUUCUUCCUCCAGGAGGCCAGCCUCUACCUGGUCUGGAACAGGGCCAAGGAGCUCUGGGAGUGCCUGGUGUCAGGGCCGGAUGUCUGUGAACUUGACCGUGAGAUGUGUUUUGAGUGGUUCACCAAAGGACAACAUGACCUCGAGAGUGAUGUUCAACAGCAGCUUUUCAAGGAGAAGAUCCUAAAACUGGAGCCCUAUGAGAUCACUAUGAAUGGUUUCAAUCUGUUUAAGACCUUCUUUGAGAACGUUAAUCUGUGUGACCAUCGCCUCAAACGCCAGGGAACUCAGCUGUGUGUGGAACGCCUUGACCUGGCAGGGAUGGAUUUUAUCUGGCGCAUCGCCAUGGAAACCCCUGAUGAAGAGAUAGCCAAUGAAGCAAUCCAGCUCAUUAUUACAUAUAGCUACACCAACCUCAAUCCCAAGAUGAAGAAGGAUUCUGUUUCUUUGCACAAGAAGUUCAUCGCUGAUUGUUACAAGCGAUUAGAGGCAGCCAGCUCAGCCCUAGGUGGGCCUACUUUGACACAUGCUGUUACUAGGGCAACCAAGAUGCUGACGGCCACUGCCAUGCCGACUGUGGCCACAUCUGUACAAUCACCAUCCAGGUACAGAGGGGGGUUUGGAUCCACUAAGCUGGUGAUAAUUGAAAGACUGCUGCUAUUGGCCGAACGCUACGUAAUCACUAUAGAGGAUAUGUACUCAGUUCCUCGCACUAUUCUACCUCAUGGGGCCUCAUACAAUGGACACCCUGUCACUCUUCACAUCACCUAUGAGUCAACCAAAGACACUUUCACCUUAGAGACCCACAGUAAUGAGACAGUAGGAAGUAUCCGAUGGAAGAUAGCUGAGCACUUGAGCUGUCCAGUGGAUAAUGUCCAGAUCUUUGCUAAUGACAGCGUGUUGACCAUGAAUCGAGACCAGAAGCUGCUGUCUCAGCUCGGUUUCAGUGAUGAGCAGAGCCUGACUGUGAAGAGCUCGGGCACUGGCACUCCUUCUGGCAGCUCAGAGUCCUCAGCAUCCGCCUCCAGCAGUUCCAGCUCCGCUGUCUUCAACUCUGCCUAUGCCUUGGAGCAGGAGAAGUCCCUCCCUGGUGUGGUGAUGGCUUUGGUGUGUAAUGUGUUUGAGAUGCUUUACCAGCUGGCUAACCUAGAUGAAUCCAGGAUCACUCUUCGUGUGAGGAAGCUGCUGCUGCUGAUUCCAACAGAUCCAGAAGUGCAGGAUGCUCUCGACAACUUUGUUCCCAAAGAAUCUAGCGUCUGGAGCCACCAGAAGACACUGUUCCAGGCCACAGGCUCUCGUUCUCCAUCUAUGGCCUCCAAGCAGCAGCACCAGCCCAGUGCUGCGUCCAUCUUGGAGUCCCUCUUCAGAUCCUCGGCCCCGGGCAUGUCCACCUUCAGAGUGCUAUACAACCUGGAGGUGUUGAGUUCAAAGCUCAUGCCCACAUCGGAUGAUGAGAUGGCCAAAACCAGCAGCAGGUCCUUCUGUGAGAACUUCCUUAAAGCAGGAGGCCUCAGUCUGGUGGUGAAUGUUAUGCAGAGAGAUUCCAUCCCAUCAGAAGUGGACUAUGAGACCCGACAAGGAGUCUACUCAAUAUGUCUUCAGCUGGCCAGGUUUCUUCUGGUUGGCCAGAGCAUGCCUGCAGUGCUGGAUGAUGAUGUCAUCAGGGAUGGCGAGGCGCUGUCAUCUCGUCCAUUUCGUAACGCUGGACGGACUGGGCGACAGCUGUCUCUUUGUGGAACUCCAGAGAAGUCCUCCUACAGACAGAUGUCUUUGUCUGAGCGCUCCUCCAUAAGAGUCGAGGAAAUCAUACCGGCUGCUCGUGUAGCUAUUCAGACCAUGGAGGUGGGUGACUUCACCUCCACUGUGGCCUGUUUCAUGCGCCUGACCUGGGCGGCUGCAGCAGGCCGACUGGAUCUGGUUGGCAGCCCGCAGCCACUCAGAGAGACCCACAGUUCCCUUCUGCCGCAGGGAGUCCGCACAAGAGUCAGCAGUACAGGAAGUAACUGCAGCUCCAGCAGUGAGGGCGAGACCACACCAACAGCAUUGCAUGCAGGGAUAUGUGUCAGACAGCAGAGUGUCUCUAUCAAAGAUGCCAUCAUCGCCCGCGAGGCUCUGUCACUGCUGGUUACCUGUCUGCAGUUACGCUGUCAGCAGCUAUGUUCUUUUUACAACCUCCCCUCCGUCAAUGAUUUCAUCAUCGAUAUUCUGCUGGGAUCUCCCAGUGGAGAGAUCCGCCGUGUAGCUUGCGACCAGCUCUACACUCUGAGCCAGUCUGACACUUCAGCCUUCGCCGAAGUCCAGAAACCCAACUUGUUCCUCCUCUCAGUCAUUCUCACUGCUCAGCUGCCAUUAUGGAGUCCUACAUCUGUCAUGAGGGGGGUCAACCAGAGGUUGCUGUCCCAAUGCACUGAGUACUUUGACCUAAGAUGUCAGCUUCUGGAUGACCUAACCACUUCAGAGAUGGAGGUGGUAAAAGUGAGCGCAGCCACCAUGCUGGAGGACGAGAUCUCCUGGCUUGACAACUUUGAGCCUAGUUGGAGCUCUGAGAUGGAGACUAGCGAGGCGGACAACAUCCUCCUGGCAGGACACCUCCGACUCAUCAAGACCUUGCUCUCACUCUGUGGCAAUGAGAAGGAACAUCUCGGUGAGCGCACACAAGGUCCAUCUCUGAUCCAGCAGUUGUUGGAUGACUUCCUGUUUCGAGCCUCGCGCAUCAUCAUCAACAGUUCAAACCCCACACCCUCCCCGGCCCCCAGCCACGACUUCCACCCCAAGUGCAGCACAGCCAGCAGCAGGCUGGCAGCCUAUGAGGUGCUGGUGAUGCUGGCAGACAGCUCUCUCCCAAAUCUCCGACUGAUCACCAGAGAGCUCAUGUCCAUGCACCACCAGUCUGAUCCUUCCCUCUGCAAGGAGUUCGAUUAUCUUCCCCCAGUAGAGAGCCGGUCAGUCUCAGGUUUCGUUGGAUUGAAGAACGGUGGAGCCACAUGUUACAUGAAUGCUGUGUUUCAGCAGCUCUACAUGCAGCCUGGCCUACCAGAGGCUUUCCUGUCCAUUGAGGAUGACACCGAUCAGCCAGAAGAGAGUGUCUUCUACCAGGUCCAGUCUUUGUUUGGCCACCUGAUGGAGAGCAAACUGCAGUACUACGUACCUGAGAACUUCUGGAAGAUCUUCAAGAUGUGGAACAAGGAGUUGUAUGUACGAGAACAGCAGGAUGCUUAUGAGUUCUUCACUAGCCUGGUGGACCAGCUUGAUGAACAUCUCAAGAAAAUGGGUCGAGAACAGAUCUUCAAAAACACAUUUCAGGGAAUCUUCUCUGACCAGAAGAUUUGUAAAGACUGUCCUCACCGGUACGAGCGUGAAGAGACAUUCAUGGCUUUGAACCUUGGAGUGACGUCUUGUCAAAGUUUAGAGAUCUCAUUGGACCAGUUUGUCAGAGGAGAGGUGCUAGAGGGCAGCAAUGCCUACUACUGUGAGAAAUGCAAAGAGAAGAGAACCACAGUGAAGAGGACGUGUAUCAAAUCCCUGCCUAGCGUUCUCUGUAUUCACCUCAUGCGCUUCGGCUUUGACUGGGAAAGCGGACGCUCCAUCAAAUAUGAUGAACAGAUCAGGUUCCCCUGGGUGCUGAACAUGGAGCCCUACACCGUUUCUGGAAUGGCUCGUCAAGACUGCAGCGGAGAUGGAGGCGAGGGGCGAGGCGAUGGGACCUCAGGAGGGUCACCCAGGAAGAAAGUCACGAUUUCUGAGAACUAUGAACUCGUGGGAGUUGUUGUCCACAGUGGUCAGGCACAUGCCGGACACUAUUACUCCUUCAUUAAAGAUAGACGUGGUAGCGCCCGUGGACGUUGGUACAAGUUCAACGACAACGUGGUGGAGGAGUUUGAUAUGAAUGAUGAAACUUUGGAGUACGAGUGCUUUGGUGGAGAGUACCGUCCCAAAGUUUAUGACCAAUCCAACCCAUACCCUGAUGUGCGGAGGAGGUACUGGAACGCCUACAUGCUGUUCUAUCAGAAGAUCAGUGACCAGAACUCACCCGUCCUGCCCAAGAAAAGCAGAGUCAGCAUCAUGAGGCAGGAGGCUGAGGACCUCACACUGUCUGCCCCGUCCUCUCCCGAUGUUUCCCCGCAGUCCUCUCCUCGCCCCCCCAGGGCCAACAAUGACCGCCUCACCCUCCUCACCCGCCUAGUCCGCAAGGGAGAGAAGAAGGGCCUGUUUGUAGAGAAGAUGCCCGCCAGCAUCUAUCAGAUGGUGAGAGAUGAGAAUCUCAAGUUUAUGAGGAACAGAGACGUCUACAACAGCGACUACUUCAACUUCACCCUCUCCCUGGCUUCCGUCAACGCAACAAAGCUGAAGCAUCCAGACUACCAGCCUAUGGCCAAAGAGAGUCUUCAGCUGGCUGUUCACUUUCUCUUUCACACCUACCUGCACACCAAAAAGAAACUCCGGGUGGACACAGAGGAGUGGAUGGCGACAGUGGAGGUGUUACUGUCUAAGAGCUGUGAAGCGUGCCAGUGGAUGGUGCAGUACCUGGUUGGACCAGAGGGACGAGAGAUCACCAGGGUUUGUCUGUUGGAGUGCAGUGUAAGAGAGGUGAGGGUGGUGGUAGCAUCCAUCCUUGAAAAGACUCUGGAGAGUGCGCUUCACUUUGGAGACCCGGGAUUGGACAGCCUGACCGACGCCCUGCUUUCCUUAUUGGACAAAGAUGUUCCUGAGAAUGUGAAAAACUGUGCACAGUACUUCGGCCUCUUCAGUAACUUCGCUCAGAGGGGUUGCGAUCCUUGCCAGUUGUUGUUGAAACACUCAGCUUAUCGCCGGAUGCUCAUCUUCCUGUUGGGACCCAAUAGGCAAAACAACCAGAACCGGCGGUGGAGUCCUGCUCAGGCUCGGGAGUUCCUUCACCUCCACAGCACUCUGGCCCUCAUCACUCUGCACUCUGACCUCAGCCCCCAGCGGACGCAGGCUCCAGGAGGGUUUAAACUGCGUGUGAGUAACGUCCUGUCCUCCACCCCGCUCCUCCCCCUCCAUGCGGACAUCCUGGCCUCACUCUUCACUCCAGAGGGACAGCCUUACCUUCUAGAGGUGAUGUUCGCCAUGCGUGAGUUGUCAGGUCCCCUGUCUCUCCUGAUAGAGAUGGUGACCUACAGUUCGUACUGUAACGAGCCCUUCUCACUGGGUGUGCUGCAGUUGCUCAAGACCCAGCUGGAGACAGCUCCACCUCAUGAACUGAAGAACAUUUUUCAGAUGCUGCAGGAGCUACUAGUAAUGGAGGACCCUCUGCAAUCCCAGAGACUCAAGUAUGCAUUUGAGUCAGAGAAAGGCCUUUUAGCUUUGAUGCACCAGAGCAACAAUGUGGACAGCAGACGCUGCUACCAGUGUGUGAAGUUCUUGGUCACAUUGGCUCAGAAGUGUCCUCCAGCCAAGGAUUACUUCAAGGACUUGUCUGGUCACUGGAGCUGGGCUGUACAGUGGCUACAAAAAAAGAUGACAGAACAUUACUGGACUCCACAGAGCAACGUCUCCAAUGAGACGUCCACCAAUAAAACCUUCCAGCGUACUAUCUCCGCACAGGAUACCUUGGCCUAUGCCACAGCGUUGUUGAACGAAAAGGAGCAGUCUGGCAGCAGUAACGGCUCUGAUGGCAGCCCAGCAAAUGAAAACGCCGACCGCAGCCUCCGACAGGGGUCGGAGUCUCCCAUGAUGCUCGGCGAUUCGAAGAGCGAUCUAGAAGAUGUAGACCCCUAGCUCCUCCAACCAGCAAGUUCCCUCCAAAGGAGAGGCGGCCCAGCUCCGGGCAACCAAUUGAAAGGGCUGCACUUUGCCUCUGAUUGGUCAGGACAUUUAGGACUCCACAAUAAGCCAAUCAGAACACUUAUUCUCUCGGUCGCUACGGCAACAAAGGAGCUAUGAAUAAAUCAUAAAUUACUUCUUUUCAGAACAGCCAAGGCGCUGAUGGAGAUGCAUUAUCAUUAAGGGCAGCAGAGUUGAUUACGGUGGGAAGUGCAAAAACCUUCCACAAUCACGGAUGACUUCAGUUUAUCCUUUUAUUCAUUCAUUCACUCAGAAUGACAGGAAGGUGGAGGAUGGGUUUGGGUUGUGUUUUAACAAUUUUCUGCUCAUAUUUGCCAAUGUAUCUACAUAGACAUAUUCAUAUUGUAAAGAUUUGUUCCAUAGAUGUAAUUUCCAAUGUAAGAUAAUAUUUUAAAGUCUCCUGUGCUCUUCUCCACAGCCAUGCAAAUUGCGAGAGGUCACGUUAGCUGCUCUAGAGGAACUUACAGACACAUGUGUGCACUUGUACAGGAACACCUCCACACAGGAGCACUUGGGAGGGGGUGGGGUUAAGUAUGCACUUUAUAGUCCAGCCCAGUGUAUUGUGACAUAUAGCAGCACUGGUCAGUUCCUCUAGAGCCUCCUCGCGAUCGUGUCCUCCUCUUCUUUUGCUUUUAACAACUUAUAUUUUCAAGUGCCGCUUAUGCAGACACAUGGAAGCCCUGAUAGCAACCCACUCUGCCUGUGACUUAAGCUUUCGCCCUGGUGACCACAGUGUAGCCACGGGGACGCAGUACAGGGCAGGCCCUGUCCUAGAAACAGGACAAGUCCUCAGCAAAUCUGAAACAAGCAGUGCCAUGGUCAGCACUCUCCCUCUACUUCUUCUUCUCGCUGUCAGGCAGCCUCAUGUGCUGGAUUUUAUUCUUAUCAUCGCUGUGUUUUAUUUUGUUUGCCACUUUUCUUUGACUCUGGAUGAAUUGACUAUUGGGGAGGAUGUUUAGGGACUCAAGCCUUAUGCAAGAAAAGCUGAUCUGGAAGCGCACAGAUCAGUCGUGGUGGGCCAUCAGUGCCGACUGAAGGGGAGCUCAGGAGCAUGUUUUAUUUUUAGGUGCCAAGGUUAUACACACACACACACACAAGAAUAGUACAUUAUGAUAGAACUUGUGAAAAACAUUCAAAUGUGUGUCACUCAUUCACUUCACUGACAAACACAAAGAACCGUUCCUCCUCGCCUCACUGUUACCUCUGCUUUAUCAGGUUUGAUUUUUUUUUUUUUUUUCCAAUGGAGUUUUGUUUUUGCUUUGCCUUUUGCUUAUGUCUACCUUUGGAAACACACACAGAGGAGCUAAACCCAAAUGUAGCUCUAGUUUCAUACGAGAACAACGUGCAUCCAUCGUCCCUACCCAAAUCAUCGGGAGACUUGAAGUGCCUUAACCUCCCGAUCCCCACCCCCACCCCCCACUUCUGACACUGUAUCGUCACAUCUCUGAGGAGGUGGGUUAACGUCUGAUCCACCUGUCCUGAUCGUGACACCAAACCAGUGUCUCCUGUGGUCAAAUAGUCUCGCUGUAGGAGUGCAACAGGGCUUCUUCAUCCCCAUUAGACCCAAAAUAAUACAGGGAAAAUUUCCUCUGUGUGUUGUGACAAAGGACUGUAGGAAUGUAACUGUUGGUUGUUGAUUCUGUGUGUAUUUAGGGGGGAGGGGGGUUUACCCUAAUAAAACAGGGUUUAAGUGACAGAACAGGGUUUUGGUGAUGGUAAAAUGCUGCUUCUUUUCACUCUGCACUCAAGCAGACACACUUUGUAAAUACUGAUUUAUGCUAGAUAGUUUUAAGGAAGCCACAGAUGUUCUGGAGACAUGAGCCUAAACUAGUUUAGCAGAUUAGCCCUCAGCUUUAACAGGUAAAUGUUUACAGUGUGAGGACUGAAGCAAUCGUGCAAAAUGGUUUUCUGUUGGGAGUUGUCAUGUGAUCAAUCCACUGAGGCUCCUCGGCGUCCUCAAAGCCUGAGAAGAGAGAAGACACUGUUUUAGCCCUUCCACACCCUCCCACCCAGCCCGUUUUCCUCUCUAUCUCACUCGAUGUGAAUGUCACAUUGUGCUCUCCGGCACAUUUGCAUGUGUGGCAAGUGCUGGUGAAGUUUGUCUUUUCUGUGUGACAGAGAAAAAAACAGCCCCCUGUGUUGUUUGCUGUGUAAUUUGGUCAUUAGCACUUUCUGUCACAAACAUACGCCCCUUCUCUGUAGCUGGUUACGUGCUAGCUGAUAGCGCUGCAUGCAGUCUGUGCCAAGUGACACAUGGCAACAUGAGUCGCAUUUAGCCAAGAGUGUCUCCUAGGUUUGCCCCACUGCUACAUCACCACAUCUACUUAACAAAUAAGGAAAGAACACUUCAAAACAAUCUUGUUUUAAUUCUGGGAUGCAGGGAGGGAGGGAAAGUGCGUGGGUAGGGACUGGCAUCUGUACGGGUUUUUACUGUCAUUCAAUUUUGAAAAUUAACUUCUGCCAUCGCAGGAUUCUGUAAUGCAUGUUAAAACUCAGUUUUAAUUUGUACAUCAGAGUUUGAUUAAGGGGAAAUUUGAUAUAAAAUAAACUGGAAUGCACAA